GACACCAUCAAGACAUACCGACGUGGAUUUCAUCGUUCGAGCUGGCAUUCGAAGAUGCAUGCGAGGAAGGCGGCUUGGUCAUGAACGACACGGGCCGCAGCCACUUCUUACUGAAGAAUAGUGGACUAUCAGACAAGAGGCUCGACGAUUUGAAGUUGCACGUGGCAGGCGAUCUAUCACAAUAUCGAGUAUUGCAGGGCCUGAUGAUGAGGCUCGGCAAGCAGGACCAGGUCGGGCAACACAAUGAGUGGGCCUGGUAUGGUGAACAGGGAGAUGGAGCCGAUCCAGAAGAUAUGGAGGAGACCUGGUACGAGGCCUACAAUGACGAGCAGUACGAGUGGGGCUACGACCAGGACUUCGGCUGGACGGCUACAGCAGAUGGCGAAUGGUACUUCCAAGAGUAUGAUGACAUCUGGGCCAAGUAUGACGACAGCGGCGAGAUGACAGAGUAUUACGAGGUCAGCGACACGACGGAUGCGAUAUUUGUGGAAGCAAAUGGCAUGAUCGAGCUCACUGCCCCGCCAAGGAUCGAGUUCGGCGGCACCACAGAUGACGACGAGGCCGCCUGGCUCGUGGAUCAACGUUGCUACUCCGAUCACCUCGACGGCAAGCACGAUACCUGUGGAGCGAUAUCAUAUGGCUACCGGUUCCGAGUGUGCAGUACCAAAAGGUCGGUGCUUCGUGACACGACGGCAUCAUCAUCAGCAGGCGAGGCUCCAGCUUUGACGUUGGCCCAGAAGUUAUCUAAGCAGUACGCUUUGGUGGUCAUGAAGAACCAGGUGAGCAUCACAGGUCUACUUGGCACGGAGACGUUGUUGGAGUGGAACAUGGACUUGUAUCAGCCUGAAGGCAUCUCCUACAACAUCCGGUCUUCUCAGGCGACCUUCACGGGCAUCAACGGUCAAGACUUUCUUCCGAAGUACGACUCGGCUGCGAAGCACAUCCAGAUCAUGCAAGUCACGAUCAUCAAGCCCUCCUUCGACCUUGGCAAGCUAGCUCAGAAGUUGACACAGGCUGCCUCGGACGAAGAGCGCAUCAAGUUGCUCAUGGGCCUUCACUAUAAGUUUUUUCACCCUCCGGACUUUGAGAGCUAUGCUUAG